CAGCGCUGUCCGCAGGGUUACCGCGCCCAUCUCUGCUCGAUGGCUGAAGGGAUCUGAGGGGAACGCUGUGUGUGAGGUGCGCCGUGUGUUUGGCUCGCUCCAGUGUAGGACGCAGAGGCGGCAGUGCGGGGAGCGGACGGGACACACCAAGGAGGGGAGCCGACUGAGGAGAGAAAAAAGAAGAGAGAGAGAGAGAAAAAGGAAGCGGCCGCCGCCCUCCCCGUCACCGCCCAGCAGCACGUCUCCUCCUGCUUUCCCCUCAUCCUCCCCGCCCCCCCCCACCUACCCCCGGUCCAUCCGCCCUUCACCUCCUCUGUUCACGCCAAGGGCCUCGCUGCCGGCGGAUCGCAGCCCCUGGGGCCGGACUGAAGAGCAGGGCUGAGGAGGGCAGAGCCUGGACAGCCGUGGAUGGUCACACAUUGGGCGGACAGCAGAAUUGAGUGUUGGUGGUAGAGAAGCUUCAUUUUAGUGAAGAAAAAUGAGUGAACUCGAUCAGCUACGCCAGGAGGCUGAGCAACUCAAGAACCAAAUCAGAGAUGCCAGGAAAGCAUGUGCAGAUGCCACUCUGGCUCAGAUCACAGCCAAUAUUGAUCCAGUAGGUCGAAUUCAGAUGCGCACUAGACGUACCCUGAGGGGACACCUUGCUAAAAUCUAUGCUAUGCACUGGGGCACAGAUUCCAGGCUGCUAGUUAGUGCCUCCCAGGAUGGCAAGCUUAUCAUCUGGGACAGCUAUACCACAAACAAGGUUCAUGCAAUUCCCCUGCGCUCUUCUUGGGUGAUGACCUGUGCAUAUGCCCCAUCUGGAAACUAUGUGGCCUGCGGUGGUCUUGAUAACAUUUGUUCAAUUUACAACCUAAAAACUCGUGAAGGAAAUGUGCGAGUUAGCCGUGAGUUGGCUGGGCACACAGGCUAUCUGUCCUGCUGUCGCUUCUUGGAUGAUAACCAAAUUAUUACCAGCUCUGGAGACACCACUUGCGCUCUGUGGGACAUUGAAACUGGCCAGCAGACAACCACAUUCACUGGACACACUGGGGAUGUCAUGAGCCUGUCCCUUGCUCCAGAUUCCCGGUGCUUUGUGUCUGGGGCCUGUGAUGCCUCAGCCAAACUUUGGGACAUCCGAGAAGGAAUGUGCCGACAGACUUUCACCGGACACGAGUCUGACAUAAAUGCUAUCUGUUUCUUCCCCAAUGGUAAUGCUUUUGCCACUGGCUCAGAUGAUGCCACUUGCAGGCUGUUUGAUCUCCGUGCAGACCAAGAACUGAUGGUCUAUUCCCAUGACAACAUCAUCUGUGGCAUCACUUCAGUAGCAUUCUCCAAGAGUGGACGCCUCCUCUUAGCCGGAUACGAUGAUUUUAACUGCAAUGUCUGGGACACACUUAAGGCUGACAGAGCAGGUGUCCUUGCUGGUCACGAUAACCGUGUAAGUUGCUUGGGAGUGACAGAUGAUGGGAUGGCUGUGGCGACAGGGUCAUGGGACAGCUUCCUCAAGAUCUGGAACUAAAGUCUAUACCCAGCAGACUUCUCCAUGACUGGAAGAGCAUUCCAACCUUCGAAAUUAAAUCAUAGCAUAUCCGAUCCAACCAUACUAACGGACACCCACUUAUCCCUACUCCCAUACAUCAAAGGGCAGAACCUCUCCUCUCAUUUUUAUUUUUUUCCCCCUGAAACCAAGAGCACAAUUAUUUGCUAUAGGAUGAAUUUAUUUGUGGUUCUGAAACCAAGAAUUGUGCAUUCCUUUUGGGACCAUUUCGUUUUUGUUUUUUUCCUAUUUCUUCGACCCUUUCGUCACCUUCAUUUGUCUUGAAGUAAUGAUACAAAACACUAUGCGCAGUACGUUAUAACCAAGAAAUAGCUGUAUUGAUAAAGUCCAUUUUAUGAUUGUUGCCUGAAGGUUCUAGAACAGUGUCUGUUUUUUUUUUUCUUUAAGUUGGAUGUUGAUGGUAGUUGCUGUAAAAACUGCAGCAGAACAGAUUGUAAAAAAAAAAAUCAGAACAGUUAACUUUUUUUUUUUCCCCCCUUUUGUUUUUUGUUUUUCUUUACCUCCCUCUGUGGUCCAUUAAAUGAAGGUGGGAUGUGACCCGUGUUUCAGGGCCUUUUAGUGCUAUAAACUGCCCCUGUCUUGUUUUGUGAAUCUGUUGCAGAUACAGAACCAUAUGAACAUUAAAGAAGCGCAUUCGCCAUCCACUGGCCAUCCUAUAGUAUAAGGAAUAAGUCAAUGCCUCACUAAGUUGCUCCAGUAAUUGAGUUACUUUUGAGCGCCAACUGCUCAGGGGAAAUAUAGUAACCCAAUGCCUGGAGUGCCUUUCAGUUACCUCUGUCAUCUGAGAGUUAUGGCUGUUGGGGAAGCAAUGCAACAGAUGCCACCUGGGAGCGUUGGAAGGACUUUGUUAAACCAUGUACAGUUCUUUAUACCACCGAUGCCAGUGAACUGUCUUCUGAUCUCUAUGAAUGCAUCUACACCACGCCACCUUCUCUUCCUGCACACACAACAAAUACACACCACAAUAUUAGAACUCCUUCAGGGAUCAAGAGCAUGCUAGAUUGUAGAGCAAUGUCCAGUUCAGCCUUUGCUAUUGAGGGUAACCCAUAGAUAACUUGUUUCUUUGGGACUGAGACCAUUUAUUUUUUUUCCAGGGCAAAACUGGCGACAUUCAUAUUAUCCUAUACACGCCUAUACCAGUUGGUACAGCAAACUCCUAUUUGAGUGCUAUGUACUGCUAGAUAGGAAUCUAGUUUACUUGUUGGUGCUGUAUACUGUUGCCAGUUAAAAUUAUAUAUAUUUUUUUGUCCUUCAUUGUUCAACCCAUGUCAUCCUUUAUUCAUGUAGGCCUGAACCAUUAAAACUCAAAUUCCCUUGUAAGGUCAGUUAACACUGGGAAACUAUUAACAAUUUAAGAAAAAAAGGGUAUCUUGCAAGAACACUACCCUGGUCCCAUAUAGAUUAGGAGCAGCCGUGGACAGAAGUACAUGUCUGUACUCUUUGGAUAUACGGUCAGAUGUGUAUGAAAUGAUGUACAAAUUAAUGUUUUUGAAAAUAAUGAUCUUGAACUUUCUAAGUUAAAACUUAAUGAAAGCUUUUAUUCUUAUGUUGGCGGUGGGGGGGGGGGGGGUGGUGUGCCAUAGGGAUGGGUUUUCCUCUUAAGAUUGCAUGCUGUAGAGUUGCUUAAUAAUGUGCAAAUAGAGAGUCAUUAGAUGUUUUGUUUAUUUUUUUCCUUUUAAUGAAAAAUAACCUGUUUAAACAGAAAAAAAAUGAAAUGACAAUUGCGGUUGUGCUCAAUUUUUUUUUUAUAAUCACAGCUACUCUCUGUAUACGUUUUCGAAAAAAAAAAGGUUCAGUGCAAAAAAUGAGCACUUUGAAGAGUAGCUCAAUUUCACUUUUUUUAACAAAAAAAACAUCCUGUUCAAACGAUUGCAUACAAAAACAAAAAAAUCGAUUUUUCAGGAAGGGUUGGGAAAUGUGAAAUUAAACUUUUACCCUGGUUUAAGUUGAUGCUUCUCAGCCUGUUCUUGUAGAAAGAGGAUCUUGCAUCUGAUUUUUGUUCUUCCAGGAAUAGCUUCCCCUUGCUAAUUUUUUUUUUUUUUCUCCCAGGUUUUUUUCUCUUUGAAUUAAGCAUUGCCUCUUGACUUUUCUGCAGAGACCUGUACACUGAUACACAGGAACUGACCCCCUCUGUUCCGCAGGUCUUUGUAUUGAAAGAAGCGGACUAUUAAUUUUUAUUAGCUUCUUCCUAAUUGUAUAUGAACGUUACUCAACCUUAGACGUAGACGCUUUUUAUUUUUAUUUUUUUAUUUUUUUCUGUACAAAAAGUGCUGUAAUUGUGCGUUAGGCUGGGAACUGGCAGAGAACGAGAUGCCCCGCCCACUUCUUGCAUAAAUUACUCUGUAGAGCUCUCUGCACCCCCUACUCCCUUUCACCUUUUGUAUUUAAUUUUAAAGUCAGUGUACUACAAGAACGCUGGAUGCAAGAUAGAUACUAUAUUAAAAUGUACUGUUAUUUAAGAUGUAAUAAAGCAGUUUGACAUGAGUUUA